AUGGAUACGGUGUCAGAGGCCUUCAAUCGGUUCGACAAGGAUGGUUCAGGCUCCAUCUCCCGCGACGAAUUGGCCGAGGUGCUCUUGGAAUUGAAACCUGCCGAAGGAUUCGAAGGCUUCCACGACGAAGACAUCGAUCAGCUCCUGGCUGCUGCCGAUUCCAGCGGCGAUGGAGAGCUGCAAGUCCAGGAGUUUGUGAAAUGGGUGUUCGCAGAAGACAAGGAAAUCUCCCAGGGUUUGCAUGGAAAGUACAUGUUGCGUAUUUCUGGUUGCUCCCGAACGCAAUUUAAUGGUGACUACAUUCAAGAGGAAGGACAAUUCUAUUAUCGCAGGCCCAUAUUCCAUUGCUUGCAGACCAAGAUGUACCUUUUCUACCAUGGUGAGAGGGGUCAAUGGCAGAUCUUCCGGCGCACCGGCACCAAAGCCUCUUGCUGCUUGAAGACCAAGCGGACCGCCCACAUGCCAGGAGAAGGUGUUCAAUGGGCUGUUUGGAAAAACAGCGCAAAAGGUAAGAAGGGCUUUGCGCUUGAAAGCCAGAUGGUGUGCUCUGCGAUCCCGGAGUUGACCCAAGAAGAGCAGCUCGCCAAAGCCGAAGAUUGCAUCAAAUUCGAUGAGCUUUACUACAAGAAGGUGGAGAAGGUUCUGGGUGAACGUGCGGUGUACCGACAGUCCAAAGGUGAAGACUGGGGCAACACGUGGAUCUUCUACGAAUCCGCUGAGAGCCGCUGGAAGCGCGGAAGAGAACUGGGAAGCGCCGCUGGAGCGUCGACCUCGGUGUUCCUCAAUGCUUCGAGGAUCACCGACGUGCCCUCCCCUCAGCUGACCGUUUGGAUGGACGAGACCGAUGGUGGGAAGAUCGAUGUGGUCGCGGUGGACACUGAUGGAGUUCCCAACACCAUGGGUGGUACUUUGAGGCUGAACCCUAGCAUUCCCGAUGGCUGGAAGGAUAAGGACUUUCCUCACAACGAGACAUCCAUAGGGAAAAAGGUCACCUCCUUCGGUGAGCCCCGCUGGCUUCGAGCACUUGCCCUGCACCCGAACCCGGUGCUCUUCGCAGACGUGGAACCGGCGGAUGCUUGUCAGGGGCGCGUUGGCAACUGCUGGCUCAUUGCGGCACUCUCGGCCCUGGCAGAGUACCCCUCGUACUUCAAAAAGCAGGUCUUCAUUACCAAGAAGGUCUCCGAGAGUGGGAAGUAUCGGAUCAAACUCUAUGACGGCCGGCUCCUUCGGUGGACCAUCAUGGAGAUUGAUGACUAUUUGCCUUGCUCACACUACGGCGGUUUCAAGCCCGAACUCAUUUUCGGGAAGAUCAAUGAUGGGAAGGUCUGCAUGGCGCUGCUGGAAAAAGCCUUUGCCAAGCUCUAUGGCAGCUAUUCAGCACUCACUGCAGGCUUCCAGCCUGUCGCGUGGCACCACCUCACCGGUUGCAAGGAGUUCUUCCGCUACAAAGCCACCUACACCGUCGCCGUCAGGUGGGUCGUGACCUCCAGAGAAGGUCUUCCGGUCUAUUCGGACAAGAGGCGAAGCGAGAAGCUGGGUGCGUUGGCUUGGGGUACCCAUUUUCAUGAGACGCAGCGGAUCGGCAGCUGGAUCAAGUUCAAAAAGUUGACGGGCAGCGGGCCCGAGACCGGCUGGCUUUCCUAUUACGACGGUCAGGGCGGCGAGCGCGUGGCGAAGCGUGAUCCGGAAGAACACUUCCGUUUCAUGUCCUGGCGGGUGUCCAUCGAUCCACGCCAAGUCAUGGAGGCAAUCACAGGGGAUGUGGGCAAAGAGGGCAAAGGUGCUGACGCGUGCUUCAAGUACCACUUUAGCAGGUAUGUUUACCCUGAUGAGAUGUGGGAGAAGCUCAAGAACUACGACAAGGAGAAUUAUUUGAUGGCAUGCACAGCCACUCAAUGCAAGUCGGAAGUUGAUUGCGGCAUGGUUCAUGGCCAUGCGUAUAGCAUUCUGCACGCGGUGGAGAUCGAUAAUGUGAAGCUUGUGGCGUGUCGAAACCCCUGGGGAAGCGAUUCGGAAUGGAACGGUCCAUGGAGUGAUCGCAGUGCUCAAUGGAAGGCCCAUCCAAAGAUUGCAAAGGCUUUGAAAGUGGAUUUCCAAACCGAAGGCACGUUCUGGAUGGACUGGGAGGAUUGGCAGUACAUUUUUGGACAGUGCAAUGUCAUGAACUACCAGAUGCCUUCCACGCGAGGUGACUUUUACAAGCAUUUGGUUGCGAAGACUGAUGAGCUUCCCGCGGACGAAGAAAAGCCGGCGCAGCCGGAUUCUCCAAUUCAUCACGAUUUGAUCCAUGACAACGAGGAAGAUGAGGAUGCCGAGAGCGGUGGCGAAUUGCUGGGCUGCACAGGGCUGGGAACAUGGAAUGCACCGGUGAUCAUGCAAGAGGGCACUCUUACAGAUCCAGGUGAAGGAAAGGCCUCGGCGCGCUUCGUGAACGUGCCAAAGUGUUUGCACGGGAAGACCCUCUUCGCUCUCAAAAACUCCACGGCAGAGCCAGGCACCUGGAUGAUGGAGUACUAUCCACCCACCAAGCUCUACGUUUGGCUCCAGAAGGGAAAGACUGGGAUGCUGCCCUUGGACGAGUUUUUGCCCAAGCGGGGAUGGGAUCACGAGCCAACCGAUGGUUUUCAAACCAGUGAUGGCCAUGAAUUGCUCCUUUUUAGCAAGUGGCUUGAGGAGGAUGAGAAGUACUACGCCCUUCAUACCAGUUGGCCGAUCGUCGGCGGUGUCAUCGGCACCUUUCCCUUACCGAAGCCACCCCCAGUAACUCCUGGUGACGGAGACAACUGCUUCGACCCAGUGACCAAGUGCACAGGUCUCGAUGUCGAGUGGAACGGCCCAGAGAAAAUGGCCGAGGGCACUCAAACCAAUCCAGGCGAGAAAGAUCACAGCUUCCAGAAUGUGCCUGCUGUUCUCAUUGGUGGCUCCUACAUUGGCAGCAAGUGCUGGCCAAAAGCCGGUACUUGGACCAUCUACUAUCAAGCUCCUUGCAAGUUGUAUGUGUGGGCCAGGCAAGGUGAGUACAACGGAGGAGUUGACGAGCUUUUGCAAGCUGCAGGUGGCUGGGCCCGAGAAAAAGCCGAGAAAUUUCAACGUAGCGAUGGCAGUGCAUUGAGCCUCUGGAGUAAACAUUUUCUGGAUGGAGAGACUUACAGCCUGGACUUGAAGUCUUGCAUGGUUGGCGGCGUGAUUGGCACACCAAUCACUUGCACUGGUAAGGUGACGAAGUGUUCUGGCUUGGAGAUCGAGUGGAAUGCUCCACAGACCAUGACUGAGGGCACUUUGACCAAUCCAGGAGACCGUGACUACGUCUUCGAGAACGUGCCCGCUUGCCUGGCCGGCGGUGUGUACAUUGGAAGCCGCGUGUGGCCCCAGGCAGGCGUUUGGACCAUUGAGUAUGAAGCUCCCACCAUGCUUUAUGUCUGGAUUCAAAACGGUAAGUACGAUGCCGGCGUGUCCGAGUUCUUGACCGCCGACGGUUGGGUCCACCAAGAGGCCGGGAAUUUCUUACGGAGGCAGAGCGAAGGAAUCAACCACUUGGCUUUGUUUGCUCGGCACUUUGCUGCUGGCACAUCUUACAGUAUCACGACGAACAGUCUCAUGGUGGGUGGGGUGGUGUCUCAGUGCUCUGAAGGCUGA